AUGAAACGCGUCCCCAAAGUACAUGUUAUUGGUGCUGGUGUCAUUGGUUUGACUACGGCAACACUCCUUCUCAUUGAAGGCUAUGAUGUGACAAUCCUCGCAAAGCACUUUCCUGGUGACAUGAGCAUCGACUAUACAUCGCCAUGGGCAGGUGCACGGUGGAAAACGUUAGCUCCUAAUGAUGAUGCUCGCUUACAACGCUAUGAUGCUGAUUCAUUCAAAAUCUUUUGGGAGCUGGCAAAGUGUCGUGCGGAUGAAACUGGUAUUAUGGUGAUCCCUGCCUUUGACUAUUAUAAGGAUCCUACUGCUGAUCAACGCAACCCAUGGUGGAAGAAGGUGGUUCCUGGUUUCCGAAAGCUUUCACGCAAAGAGCUUCCAAAGGAUGUUGAUAUUGGGUAUACCUUCACAACAGUGGCUAUCACCCCAGAACGAUACUUGAGAUGGCUCCAAUCACAAUUUGUUGCACUCGGUGGCAAACGAAAGCACGUUGAAAUUUCCAAUCUUACGGAUGCCAUGGAUGAUCCUCAAAACACGGUGGAUAUUAUUGUUAAUUGUGCUGGUAUGCAUGCUGCUGGAAUUCAAGGUGUCAAUGAUCCACACAUCAACAAGCCCGUACGAGGACAAAAUGUCGUGGUACGUGCCAAGCACAUCCGAAAAACUAUCUCCGUGAAGACAAAGCAAGAAUAUACCUAUGUAAUCCCACGAGCAGAUGGCACAGUGAUCCUGGGAACGACAAAGGAUGAAGGAAACAGGAGUGCUGAACCAGAUCCAGCUAUUGCAAAGGACAUUAUGGAGCGAGCAUGCAAGCAUUGUCCUGAAUUAACCAAUGGUAAAGGGAUUGAAAGAUUGGAUGUGGUUGGCGAUAUCAUUGGACUGCGUCCUAAACGAAAUGGUGGACCUCGUGUGGAGACUGAAGUCAAAGUGUCGCCUUCUGGUAAACCUAUUUUGGUUGCACACAAUUACGGCCAUGAUGGUUCAGGAUAUCAAGCCAGCUGGGGUUCUGCAAAACACGCUGUAAAGCUGAUAAAAGAACAUCACGAAACCCUUCGAGCCCAAUCAUCCAAGAUCCAAGAAUUGUUAUCCCGCCUUUGA